AGCCGCCUGUGCCUGCGAGCUCCGCGGCUGCUUGGGGAAUUCACUCGGACGCUUUUACGCUUCUGCCGUCCUCGGGCUGCUGCUCAGGGCUCUCGGUCUCCGGCCCGAGCCUUUGCAUUCACAGGAAAACUUGACUGCGAUUUCUCUCUUCCCCUUCGAGGGCAGGAUUAAAAGUUGCGAGAACUGGUGCCGCCCGCGCCGCUCGGGCGCCCGGACCCAGCACCAUGUGCACCAACAUAGUUUACGAGUGGCUUAGAGCGCUGCAGCUCCCGCAGUACGCGGAGUCCUUCGUGGACAACGGCUACGAUGACCUGGAGGUGUGCAAGCAAAUCGGGGACCCGGACCUGGACGCCAUCGGGGUCCUGGCGCCCGCGCACCGCCGCCGCAUCUUGGAGGCCGUGCGCCGGCUGCGGGAGCAGGACGCGGCCGCCGCCGGCCUCUACUUCACGCUCGAGCCUCAGCCUCAGCCCGCGUCCUCGGUGGACGCGGUCCCUCCGGGCCGCCGAGGGGAGAGCUGUGGCGGCCCAGCGCUGGGCACCCGAGGGGACCCCCGCACCCAGACGACCGCCCCCCGCGCCAGGGAGCUGGUGAGCUACCCCAAGCUGAAGCUGAAGAUCAUGAUUAGGGAUAAGCUGGUCCGCGAUGGCAUCCACCUGAGCAAGCCCCCGUACUCCCGCAAGGUCCCAAUGGCCGGCAUCCUAGAGUACUUAAUGAAUUGGCCGAAGUCAUCACAGAACCGCUAGCUAUCAUUUUUGAGCACUCGUGGAGGACUGAUGAGGUGCCUGAAGACUGGAAAAGGGCACAUUUAGAACCUUCUUUCAAAAGGGAAACGGAUGGUGACCCUGGAAAUACUCAUCAGCUUAACUUUUGGCUUGGAAAAAUUCUGGAAUAAUCAACUUAGGAAACUGGGUAACUGACUUACAGUAGCUAGAAAUAAGGCAGCCAAGUGUCGCACAUACAGAAGUGCUGAGUUCAUUUUAAAGAAGAUACACCAUUGUGCGAUAAUCUUAUACAUCCCUCGGAUCCCUCUCUUCAUUCUAUGAAUUUGUGAUGAAAAUAGAUGAGGUUGGCUAAGGCAUUUGGGUAAAUGCUAAUUUUAAGUAUUAUACAAAAAAGUAGGUUCCCGGCAUUAACUAGUAAUUAUAUCAUUUCCAGACUAGCUUUUAACUGGAAGACAGUAGCUUUAAGUCUAUAUUUUAAUGCACAUGCUAUUUCAUUUCAUAUGGAAACAUAUUUUCAUAAGUUGAGAUACUUUAGAUAACUCUAUAUAGUAUAGUUUGGUGAGGGAAUUUUUCCAUAAAGGUGCUUUACAUAGUUAUUUCACAUUUGGAUCAAUCAUAAAAUUGAUGAAUUAAGAACAUUGGCAAAGGAAGAAAACUUCUUCCAGGUUUUUCUUUUUAAAUGUUGUCUGCCUGGGGUUGAGGGUUAGGACCCUUAAGAGCGUCUCGCUCUGAUGAUGUAUAUUUUGGUAGAGUGGCCCAUGUUAUCCUUUAGGUCUUUUCCUCCCUCUCUGGAGACUGCCAAGGCCGGGGCCUCUCCUGAGCUGCCUCCAUGCCUUAGCCCACCCCAUCUCACUCACCUGGCUUCUAAUGCCAGGUCAAUGUGGGAGGGGAGGUGGACCAGACGGUGGACAUGGGGAGCUUAGUCUUCCUGCAGCCAAAAAGAGAGAGUAGAUUGCUGAGGGAGAGGAAUUAAGGAGAAUCUGCAGUGUUUCUGAAUCUUAUUGUCCUUGACUUUGAGUGUCUGUAGUUUUAUUUUCUGCCUAGAAAAGGCAACUAUGUUGAUGGGACCCAAAACUUAGUUGAAUGGAGGCCAGGGAAGAGCAGUUGAUUAAGCAACAAGUUCCUGGAGCUGGCAGCUGAGCUCAGGAGCCCUGUUGUAUUUCAGAAUCUUCCCUCCACUCCUUAGAAGUAUGUAGGAGAUGGAAGUUAGCAUUAGCAUCAUGCAAACAAAAAUAAACUCAAAGGAAGAGAAUUUGCAUUCCUUUUGUCCUGCUGCAUAUUGGUCCCUGGGAAUAGAAAGGCAUUGAAUAAGGCAUGAAGUCUCCCACAGCAAUAUUAACACAAUACUAAUUUAAGAGUGAAUACUUUUAAAGAUUAAUUGAGGAGCUGAGUGAAAUCAGUCUAACUCUUAUAAAUUAUGUAAGGAAAUGAAGUUCUAAAAGCACACAAAAGUUCUUUUUACUUGUACGUUGCUUGCAAUUUCACAAGGAUUAUAUUCCAAUUAACCUUUUGCCAUUUUUUUCAAGUGAAGUAGAGUCUUUAAAAUUUCCAAGCUAGGAUUUUUUUUAAGGGAUAGGGGAGUCUGUAUAGAUUACUGAUAUAAUUUAUUGUGAUAAUAAAUGGCUUCCUGUUCAAGACCUCAUUUCCAGCUGCAGCAUCUAUGGCAGAUUCAUUUCACAGAUGUACCUUUGCAUGCAUUUGUUGAACUGUUGCUAGAGGAGACUCAAUUUCUGGAAAAUCUAUUAUUUUCACUGUGGUCAUUAUGAUGCAAUCUAUUACAACCAAAAUAGGGACUCUGGUCAUUUCAGGUUUUAUUUUCUAUAAAAUUUACAUCUAACUUAGAUUAUUUUGCCAAAUUUAAAUCUUUCCUUUUUACCUGCUGUUGGAACUUGGAAAUAACAAUGCUCUAACUGAAUUAAGAGUUACAAAUUAAAACAUGGAGUAGCCAAUGGAUUGUAAAGGCUUCUUUGUGAAAACUAGAGGAAGAAUACUUAAAUAAGCAAAGAAGUAUAGAAGGAAGCUUAUUAAUUACUUUGCAUCAAACCACAAUAAAAUAUGAGGUAGAUUAUAAGGGAAAGGAAUUGUACCAUGAGUAUCUAGAGAUAAUUAUUCUUAAAAAGAGUAAUUUUUCACUUUUUUUCGUUUUAUCUGAACACUAGUGAUAUCCUUAAUCUUUGAAUGUAAAGGAAGAGGCAGUUGACUAAAGGACUGGCGUGUUAUCAAAACUAGAGGAUCAUCUUGAUUUGUAUCUUCUAGAACAUCAAGAGGGAUUAAUUAGACUUUUACUUCAUAACAUUGAGAAAUUUGGAAGAUCACAGCAACAUUUUCUUCAGUUCAUGUUAACACAGAAUUUAGGGGAUAAAGAAAGAUUUCAUUCCCAUAACUUAGCUCUUGGCAUGGGAAAAGCAUGAUUUUAAGUGCUCCUCCUUACCAGGGUGAGAACUGAACCAAAGAUCUUGGGAAAACCUGAAUUUACAGCAACAAAAGACUUCAGCAUUUUCUUAGUUCAGAGAAGUUUUUAACAUCUUGGUGUUGUAAAAAACACAACAACAAGCAUUGAAUUUUCUCUUUGGGCUUCUUGGGAUCCCAGAUCAAGUUCUAGGUUACCCUCAUUGCUUUGUUUUCCUGUGGUACAUCAGUUGAGAGCAGAAGCCGUGGUGUAGUUUGGGGAAUGAUCUCUAACAAUCAUGGAAUUUACUAAAGCUUCUUUUUCUCUUGUUCUAAAAACAGGAAAGUAUGCACAGUACCUCCUGUAGUUCUUAAGGGGCUUAAGACUUCAACAACUUGAGCACGCAGAGUUCUUGGCCCAGGGCUGGCACAUGGUGGAUGCUGACUGCCUGUCUCCCUCCCUUACUUUCAGUUGGCUUCCUUAUUUCAAGCUGACUAGCAAACCCAAGCUGUUGUUGCCUCACAGCCAUACAGAGGGGCCACCACUUUUAUUGAGGAAGGUUUAAAAAAGGGCUACUCGGAGUAGGAGGCGUUCAGCCGAUGUUUAUUGAUUGAGUGAAAAAAAAUGUGAUUUUUAAAAAAUAAUGAGCAAAUUGAUAGAGGCCUCCCCUUUUCAGAUAUUGGGAAAUAGUCAUCGUGGGAAAUAUGAAGAAUUCUGCUACCUUGCCUCUCUUUAUAAAUUUGGGAUGCGAAUGAGUGAGUGGCCCAUGUGCAUUUUCCUGUGAUUUUACGACUGUGACUUACAAAGUAGAAGUGCCAGUGGGCACUCCCUUGGUAGUUGCUUCUGGGAUGGAUCCAUCCACGAAAAAGAGCAGAUGAUGGUGGAUCAGCAAACUGUUCUAUGUGAAGAGAAACCAAGAGGCACCUGCCUGAAAAUUGAGAUGUGCAUGUCUGAACUUUUCUCUUUUAGGGACCUAAGUAUUGUGAUCAAAUCCAGCACCAAGAGAGGUUAGAGAAAAUAAAAUCCUUGGACAGAUGUUUGAUUUGUAACAUUUUUCUCAUGUAAUAUUGAAUUAGAUAUCAAAAUACCAUGUUGAGGCAGGUGAAAGAUUUCCAAAUUCCAAAGUCAGUGGUGGAUAAAGAGUAGAACAUUGUAUCGAGGGACAUAGAAGAGAAAUAAGUGACAGUCUGACCCUAAAUUGCCAAUUCUUCGGUGCUGACCAAGAGCCAAGUAUCAGGAAUGUCUUAGAUCAGCUGACAGCUUGUGUUUAGAAUAAAUCCAUCUAGGUUCACAAACAGCUGCCUUAUUAACCAAAAUAAAUUGUGCAGAGCAAAGCAAAUCAAGCUUUCUCUUAUAGAAGUUUCUAAUUUUACUAGCUGCCUCAGAA